ACCGCUGGGAACCUCCCCGGGUUGUCCCUACGCUCCAGCGCCCCCACCUCUUCACGCCGCUAGAACCCGCGCCCCAGCCCAAGGCAGCUGCUCGGCUUCUCCCCGCCACACCCAGCCCGGCCACGCCCACCCCGCGGCUCCCGUCCCGUCCCGCACUGCCCAAGUAGCUAGCCAGGGGUCCCGUCCCGCGCGGGGCGGCCCCGGGACUGAGCCCCCGCCGCCCUCGCGCCGCGCUAAUGUUUAACUAGGUGCUGGGGAGGCGGGAGUCCGCCGUGUGUGCCAGAGAGGAAGACGCUUCGCUCCUUCUGCCGCUCGCAGCCGCACGGGGAGGGUCCGCUUCCCGCAGCUCCCAGUCAUGAAGACAGUAGUGAAGUAUCUGUUGGGGUUGCUUGCGAUUGCAGUGAUUGUUAUUGCCAUAGCUGUUCCUGUAGCUUUACUGACAAAAAGUACCACGUCUGACCCACGUAGAAGGUUUACCUUACAGGAUUAUUUAGAUGGUGACAUUAGAUACAAAACAUAUAAUUUACAAUGGAUUUCAGGAAAUCAAUACCUGCACAAAACUGCUGACAAUGACAUAGUGCUUGGAAAUGCCGAGAAUCAAACAAUCUCAGAAGUUCUGAAAAAUAGCACAUUAGCCACAUAUGGAGCAACCACAGCUAUAUUAUCUCCUGACCAAAAAUUUGCUCUUCUUCAAUACAACUAUGUGAAGCUCUGGAGGCAUUCAUACAUGGCUUCAUACCACAUCUAUGAUUUAAAUACAAGAUCUUUAGUAACUGAGAAUCUACUGCCUAAUGAUACCCAGUACAUAUCCUGGUCACCUGUUGGUCACAAACUGGCAUAUGUUUGGAAUAAUAACAUUUACAUAAAAGAAUCACCAGGUGUGUCGAGUGUGCAGAUCACCACAAAUGGAGAAGAAAAUAAAAUUUUUAAUGGAAUAGCUGACUGGGUGUAUGAAGAGGAAAUGUUUGGCACCCAUUCUGCUCUGUGGUGGUCUCCAAAUGCCAGUUUUCUAGCAUAUGCAGAGUUUAAUGAUACAGAAGUUCCUGUUAUGGAGUAUUCCUUUUAUGCAGAAGACACGCUGCAGUAUCCAAAGACCAUUAAACUCCCAUAUCCCAAGGCAGGAGCUGCAAAUCCUACUGUAAAGUUAUUUGUUGUGAACACCCAAGCUCCUCCCACUGUGAAUUCCAGUGAAAUUAUUGCACCAGCUAGCAUAAUAUCAGGGGAUCACUAUUUGAGUGCUGUAACAUGGGUAACAGAUGAAAGGAUCUGUCUGCAGUGGCUCAGAAGGAUUCAGAAUUUUUCAGUCCUUGUGGUCUGUGACUUUACAAGAGAGAAUGGAAUGUGGCAAUGUCCAGAGGGCAAACAACAUACAGAAGAAAGUAAAACUGGCUGGAUCGGCACAUUUCAGCCUUCUGACCCUUACUUUGCAUCUGAUAAUAUUAGCUACUACAAAAUUUUAAGCAAUACAGAGGGCUUCAAGCACAUCCACUAUAUCACCAGCACAGGGAGCAGAAUACCUAUUACACACGGAAAAUGGGAAGUAAUCAGCAUAGAAGCGGUAACCAAUGACUUUAUAUACUACAUCAGUAAUGAAUUUGGUGGAAGGCCAGGAGGAAGAAACCUUUAUAAAGUGUUGGUUGGAAAUGGUCCAACCACACCUAAGUGCGUGAGCUGUGAUCUGGACAAAGACAGAUGUCAGUAUUAUUCUGCAUCCUUCAGCAAUGAUGCACAAUAUUAUCUGCUGAAUUGUUAUGGUCCUGGCCUGCCCACUUCUAUGCUGUCCAGAAGUAGUGACGAUCACGUCAUCAGAAUUCUGGAAAACAACACAGAUUUGGACAGUAUGUUGAAGGAUAUUCAAAUGCCUUCCAAAAAAGUUGACACCAUUACUCUGAAUGGAUACACAUUGUGGUAUCAGAUGAUCUUACCUCCCCAUUUUGAUUCAUCGAAGAAGUACCCUCUGCUCCUUGAUGUCUAUGCAGGACCUUGCAGUCAGAAAGCAGAUUAUGCCUUCCGUAUCAAUUGGGCUACAUACCUUACAAGCACAGAACAGAUCAUUGUGGCUAGCUUUGAUGGCAGAGGAAGUGGCUACCAAGGAGAUGAAAUUAUGCAUGCAGUAAAUCGAAGACUGGGAACAUAUGAAGUAGAGGAUCAAAUCUCAGCAGCUAGAAAAUUUUCUGAAAUGAGCUUUGUCGAUAAGAACAGAAUAGCUAUUUGGGGCUGGUCUUAUGGAGGGUAUGUGACCUCCAUGGUGCUUGGAUCUGGAAGUAAAGUGUUCAAGUGUGGAAUAGCUGUAGCCCCGGUGUCACGCUGGCAAUAUUAUGAUUCAAUAUAUACAGAGCGUUACAUGGGUCUUCCUGUAGCAAGUGAUAAUCUGAAAAAUUAUGAGAGUUCAACAGUCAUGGCCAAAGCUGAAAAUUUCAAAGACGUUGAGUAUCUCCUUAUUCACGGAACAGCAGAUGAUAACGUUCACUUUCAGCAAGCAGCACAGAUUUCCAAAGCUCUUGUUGAUGCCCAGGUGGAUUUCCAAGCAAUGUGGUAUACGGACAAAGACCAUGGCAUUGGAGGACAGGCACACAGCCAUAUUUACACCCAUAUGAGCCAUUUCAUAAAGCAAUGUUUCUCAUUGCCCUAGCACCAAAACGGCAUUCCAUUCCAUACUGGGAUUUCUUUAUCAAGUUGUUAAUAAUGGCACUUUUCCAGUAGAUUCUCUCAUCUAAACUUGCACUGAGCCAAUAUAACUAUUUUUGAGACCACCUGAAAACAGUUUUUUAAAUCCUUAAUGACCAUGUACACAUCAUGUCAAUUUUUAUGACAAAGAUGCGAUAGUUGCUUGGCAACAGAGGUUAUUUAAAUUUGUUUUAAAUCAGGUUUUAUCAGCACAAGAAUGUUUACAUGUCAUUUGCCAAAUUUCCUUUUUUAAAGUGUGGUGUUUCAAUCAAUACCUUUUCAUACAUACUAAUUUCACUCUAAAAUGGAAAUGUACAUAUAUGGUCUACUUCUUGGUGAUAUUGACUGAUAAAUUACUCGUGUUCACAGAGUUGCUAGCUGAAUAGAGGCAGAAGUUUGGGGGUCUGGAAUAGAAAGGAAGUGUGCCCUAGAACAUUUUAAAUAGGUUUGGCACAAUUUGAUUGUUAUCAUUUAUCUAUUUAACCAUUUUUAUCAAUUUAAAUGUUCAUUUGUGCAAAAUUAUGGAUUUUAAGCAUAAUUUUUUAUAUUAAUUUGUAAUUCACAGUUGCAGGAAGUUAUUGGGGAGUGUCAGACAAUUAUUUAAAGACAGAUGUUGAGAUAAAGCUUUAUAACCAUUAAAAUACAAAUUGACAUCACAUCUCAAAAUAUACAAAGUAAAUAUCCUUAAAUCAAACUAAAUUCUCAACCAGCAUUUUUUAUACUUUAUUUCAAUGGAAUAAUAUUUUUGUCAGUUUGUACGCAUACAGUGAAAUUGAUGUUUACCAAGAAAAAUCAAAUCCUUCCAAGCCGAAUUAUAACCUGUUAAAGAAAGCUCAGAUGAUUAAUAGAGAUCUUUUUGAAAUUUACUGAAGUCUGAAUAUUUUUAGUGACAAUCAGGAUGAAAUUUUCAACAUAAACUUCUGCAAAAUUAUGUCCCAUGUUUUUAUCAGCUACACUAAAAACAGCAAUAAGAGAGACUUAUGUUAGUAUUCCAUUUCUUGCAGAAAAUUCUGUUUUUUCAGUACAAUCUAUUUCAUGAGAUGACAUGACAGGUCUGCCUUGUAGCACUCUCUAAAACAAAACUAAGCUGUGAUUAUAGAAAAGCUUUCUGCAAAGCCCCUGAGUAAUGUCUAUCAAAACUGUGGAGUUGAAUUCCACAAGUGCCUAAAGGGCAUCAGCAUUGUGGCGCUUACUCGCUCCUUAAUCAGACAGUUUGGUGUGGACUUUUAUGAGAAUUUGCUUGAGUACAACCUGAGCAAGGAUCUUUGGCCCAUUGUUACUUAGUGUAAUCUUUGUGAGGGAGGAACUGUAUUACCUCCAGUGUCAUACAAGACUGGGCAUGUUGCCAGUGCUUAAGAUAUAGAUAAUCAGUGAAAAAUUAAAAUGCAGCCUGAGUAUCUAACGAUCACUGGGAGCAAGCACUGGCUGAUGUCUUUGUAUAGAAAUGUGCUACAGGGUUUGAGUUUUCCACAAUCUACCUGUAAAUUUCUCUCAGAUUUAUCAUCAGGCUGCACUUAACAGGCUCCACAAUGGGAAACUCAGGAAUAAUAUGAGCCUUUUAGAAUUAAAAAUAAAGUGACUAUAUAGCCCUGUGGCUUUUAGUAGAAUGCUCUGUACCUAUGUAUGGAAAGAGCAAACCAUUUAUCUUAAAAGAAGAACAGCAAAAUUUGUAAUGGAAUGAAGGCAAAGUUGUGGUACCAAAGACUUUGUUCUGAACAAUAUCUGUAGUCCUCUAUCUACUAGAAAACUUGACUAAGAACUCCAACAACAAAUAUGUUUUUGUAAUAAAGGAAACUUAGGCCUUGUCUUCACUACUGGGGUAAGCUGACCAAAGGUGCACUACUCCCAGCUUAGGUAAACUUACCCUGCUGUCUUCACUGCGCUGCGUCAACGGGAGACUCUCUCUGGUCAACUUCCCUUACUCUUCUGGGAGAGCUGGAGUACUGGGGUUGCCUGGAGAGCGCUCUGCCAUCAAUUUAGCAGGUCUUCACUAGACCCACUAAAUAGACCCCUGCUGCAUCAAUUGCAACAGCAUCGAUCUCCCUGUAGUGAAGAUCAGCCCUUAGUCCUGUGCAAUAUUUCCACCUUUUUUAUAAUUGUAUUUAGUCCUUGGUAGUAUCAUGUAACAAAGCAUGAUAUGACUAUAUUACAUUUAGCACAUUGGUUUCUAACAUAUACCUGUCCCAUAGUUAUUACAUGUGUAUGAUGGGUUAGUAGAGUUAGGUGUGAAUCUAGAAGUAGACAGAUAAAAUCCGGGGCGGGAGAGGGAACAAAGUCAAAGCAGCUUUAGCAUUCCAUCUCCUUGAGGAGACGGGCAGGGUUCUAGUGGAAACAAGGCUGCAGUUUUCACAAACAUGUACUUUGAAAAUUGUAAGAACAGCUCAGCCUUGCCUCAUUUACUCAAACAAAACCCAACACCUGCUGUGAACAAGAUGACCACCCGCAUCACAGUGGUGAUUUUAGGUGCAAUUUAUUAAUAUUUCUAACAUACUUUACCACCUUCUACCUAAAAUGUUCUCAAAGUAUUAUAUUUCCUCUAAGCAGUAAUAACAGCCAGCUCACUGAUUCCAGAAUAUGAGAAAUGAACAAAAGAUUCUAUUCACUCAAGGGAGAAGAAACAUGACCCAGAAUAGGAUCACAACAAGCUAUAAAAGUGAUAAGUAAAUCAAGGAACUUUUCCUCCCUUAUGGAUACCAUGGGUGCACAUAAUAGCUACAUUUUUAGAGGUGACAAGAAAUGUGAAAAAAUGUCAAUCAUGAUAAAAUAAUCUCUCGUGCACCAGAGUCCAACAGUUAGGCAUAAGUGAUAUGUCCCACCUAAGCCUGAGGUGCUGGAGAACCCUCCUUGAUGCCAAGUAGCUGUGAAGUUGUCACCACAUAAUUCAGGCAGCAUGAAACACCAUGUGGUACAAACAGUAAAUGGCCCAUUGCAUUUCACUUCUCCCUGCUGCAAUGGGGUAGGAGUCCAACACGUCACAGACUCACUGCAGCUAUAGGUGUGACACUACUGCCUAAACCAGCUCUGGUGAUGUUAUAUAAGGGAUUAAUUUAAUCCCGUGAAUAUAGGAAAACACAAAGAUCUGCAAUCUCUGUACAAUGGGCCAGUGCCACCUGAGACCGGAGCACUACAGAAGCAGUGUUGAUUAUACCUAUGGCCAGUGACCAUAAUACAAAUACGUGGGGGAAGGGUACAUAACUGCAAUCUGUACAGAGUAGUUCUACAUCCUCAAGUGCCAGUUUAUUAUUACAAACUUCAUGAAAGGCUGAGAGAGCAGCCUCCCUGGGCCUGCAACUCCCCCUCCUGUGCAUGUAGGCAGGGCAGGGGUGGGGAAAAGGCUGAGCCUGGACUCAGUACCCUCUUGGACCCGCCAGCACAGGUGAGUCAGUGCACUAGGGGGAAGUAACUUGUGUAAGGUAUAUGGCUGGUGUACAUGAGCUCCAUCGGAGCAAGGAGAGGAACCAGAAGCCAUUUUGGGACUAAAUCAUAAUCUGGUUCCUGGUCUGCGCCUGGGGCAAUACAACAAUGUGCCACCCCUGUUCAGUGCUUGUGGCAAAGCCACAAUUUAACAUUUAGUUAAACUCAUCUAAUCUCAGAACAGAAACCAUGUGACUUGUGAUCAAUCACAAUUAGCUAAUACAGAUUGUAUAUUGAAUACGUUCAUAGGGCACUGCCUAGACACAGAGAUCCACCUGCACAGAGCACCUUGCAGGAUUGGGACAUACAUCUGUCAAUUAAAUUACUUACUCCAAAUGGUUCACCGAGCUGUGAGUACCAUACAUAGAACUUCCUUAGUGUACAAGUGAAACAUUUCAAAAUGUCUACCCAAUGUAGCAUUUCAGAUGUUUAAAACAAGAAACACACGUCAUGCUGCAUAAAUGCCCUGCAGACUAGAUCAUUGUGUCUUGCAAUAUAAAAAUGAAAAUCAGUUAGGAUAAAUAUUUAUUUCCACAUAACAUUUCUUAGUCGUGAAAAACACAAUAUUCUAUUCACAUGUACACAUUACUUAAACUUUUGUAAUAAAUUACAUCAAAGAAAUUCAGUAAUUUUGACCAGGAAUAUGAAAUUAGAAGUAAAUACAUAACACUACAUUUGCAUUAUAUUUGAUGUGAUUUCAAAAUGUUAAGAUUAACAUUGGAAUAGCAUUAAAAUUCACAAGAAUAGAGUGACUGUAAAAAAAAAAUACUCAAAUACUGAACGGCAAUACAGAAUGCCACUGAGUAUACUGAUUUCUUAGUAUUCUAAGAGUUGGUUAUGUGACACUUCCUAUUCACUUUGAUCAUCGGUAACAGAAAGUCAGCAACAUAUCAAAACACCAGCAAGCUGCUUCCAGGGAUGAACCAGUAUUGUACUUCUAUACUAAGCUUAAAACAAUUGGAAUAUUCCAGUGUACCAUCCGGUACAUAAAAACAAAGCAUUUUAACCUUCAUGUGUCUGUAUUUUCCCUAAAUUAAUAAAUACAAACCAUUUUUAUUAAA